GUUCUAUUCAGAAACACCGUUUUACUUCCUGUUAGAAAUCUCAACAACAGAGCCGAAGCGCUGAAGCUAAACAACUUUAGCAGCUUUUGGUCAACAAAUAUUAAUGUAGCAAAAAUACUGCGUAGCAACAAUGAUUCCGUACACUGUCAACAUCAAACUCGCGGCUCGGACUCUGACUGGCACUCUCCAUUUGCAGAAUAAAACCGCUGUAGACUGGGGUUGGCAGGGGCUGAUAGCUCAGGGAUGUCACUCCAGUAUUCUUAUCAUCGAUCCAAAGACGUCUCAGACCAUACAGGUGCUGGAGCGGCACAAAGCCAACGUGGUCAAGGUGAAAUGGUCCAGGGAGAACUACUACCACAACCAGAGCUCUCCCUACUGUCUGCGGCUGGCCUCAGGAGAUGCCUCGGGGAAGAUCAUAGUGUGGGAUGUGGUCAGCGGCACCGCCCAUUGUGAGAUCCAGGAGCACUCCAAACCUAUCCAGGACUUGGAGUGGUUAUGGAAUCAGGAUGCGUCUCGUGAUCUACUGUUGGCCAUCCACCCUCCCAACUACAUCGUGCUGUGGAACGGAGACACGGGCACCAAGCUGUGGAAGAAGAGCUACGCUGAGAACAUCCUCUCCUUCUCAUUUGACCCCUUUGACCCCUCCAAUAUGGCAUUGCUGACCAGUGAAGGAAUAGUCUUUAUCACAGACUUCUCCCACUCCAAACCCCCGGGCAGCGCUGGUAAAAAGGUCUACAUCGCCAGCCCCCAUGCAAGCCCCGCCCACACCAAGCCUGCCUCCGCCAUCUCCCUUGCCCCCACAGGCGCCAAGAAGGCCCUCAACAAGGUCAAAGUGCUCAUCACCAAUGAAAAAACCCACAUGUUUCUACUUUGUGUGCAUCCCCCGGUCCUCCUCUUCCUGUGGCGCUGCAGUGCGGAGGCGGUGACGUUGAACGACUGUCUUCAGCUGUCCUACCUGCCGUCCAAGAGGAACCACAUGCUGCUGCUCUACCCCAGAGAGAUCCUCAUCCUGGACCUGGAGCUCAGCCAGACCGUGGGGGUGGUGGCCAUCGAGCGCUCCGGGGUGCCCUUUGUUCAGGUGAUUCCCUGCGCUCAGCGGGAUGCCCUCUACUGUCUCCACGAGAACGGCUGUAUCACCCUCCGAGUGUGUCGCUCCACUACAACCCAAGAGGAAGCAACAGACCCCGAGCAGAGUACCCACGAGCUGGUGUACGACCUGCGUUCUCAAUGCGAUGCCAUCCGUGUCACCAAGACAGUCCGGCCAUAUCGCAUGGUUCAUCUGCCCCCGUCAACGAGAAUAGCGCUGCGCUAA